AUGCCCCUAAAAUGUGAAUGUGGAAAAAACUUAUCAGUGGAACAUGCCAUGUCCUGUGCUAGGAGAGGAUUCCCCUCAAUCAGGCACAACGAGAUCAGGGACCUAACAGCCACCCUCCUAACAGAAGUGUGUAAUAAUGUUUGUACAGAGCCGGAAUUACAACCUGUGUCACAGGAAGCUCUGAGAGGUGCCUCAGCCAACCGCCAGGAUGGAGCACGGCUAGAUAUAGCAGCCAACGGUUUUUGGGGAGGAAUAUUUGAAAAAACUUACUUUGACGUUAGAGUAUUUAACCCCCUGGCCCCGUCCAACAGACAUAUCCAACUUUCCUCCGCAUACAGAAACCAUGAAAGGAUCAAAAAGCGGGCCUAUGAACAAAGAAUAAGAGAGAUCGAACAUGCCACCUUUACACCACUUGUACUUUCUGCCACAGAGGGGCUAGGUAAUGAGGCCAACACAUUUUACAAGAGACUGGCAUCACUUCUGGCAACCAAAUGGAACAAUCCCUACAGUAGUACUAUGUGCUGGCUAAGAUGCCGACUAUCUUUCUCUCUCCUCCGAUCAUCAAUCAUGUCCAUUAGAGGAGCCAGGUCCUCAUGUGGGCACGCAGCGCUAACCCCUACAGCCGUGGACUUGGUUAACUCCGAAUGUAACAUUCAUUAUGAACUAUCACUUACUUUGAACUUUCUAUUAUUGCGCAUGCAUUCAUGCAUUCUUAAAAAAAAAAAAAAAAAAACUCCUACUCAGCGCUCUAACUCUAAAGCCACAGUGUUUGUGUCUCACAUUACCCAUCAUAUCACUGACCAGGAGUUGAGGGAACACUUCCAAGUAAUAUCCAGAUACCGCUACCUGGCCCACCUCUCUCAGUCCAAAGCAGACCCCUCCCUCAACCACACCCUCUACAAGCGGGCCCUGGCACACCACCCUCUAGACCAGCAGCUCUGGAAGAACUAUCUCAACUAUAUAACCACUAGCUUUGGUAAGGUUGGAUUGGUCGUUGUCUCUGGUUGCAAGCAAUCACUUCGUAAUUGUCCGUGGGUGGUCGACUUCUGGAUGAGCUACACACGGGCACUGGAGCGGGUCCAAACCAAUCACGAGGAAAUUGUUGCUGUGUUUGAGAAGGGCUUGAAGGGCAACCUCUCUGUGGCUGCAGACUAUCUCAAGUUGUGGACUGCAUACUGUGACUACCUCCGGAGACAGGUACACACGCCUCUCUCACCUUUGACCCCUAAGGAGGGCGUGGAGACGGCCAGUCCUAAUUUGGUGGAGUUACGGAAGACAUUCUUUUAG